ACCCACUAGUAAGUACUUUGGUUAAGCAUCCUACUUUAAGCCUCAGGAAAGGUGUUAUUUCCUUGAGUUCACACUUCCCACAGGUGAGAAUCUCUGUCCUCAGAGGAGGGGAUAAAGACUGAUAUAAAUGUCAGAGGAGCCAGAAGCUGAGAGGAACCUUCCUGGAGGCAGACCCAGCCAGCAGAGGCAGCGCCCUAGAGAAGCUGAGGGACUCAGCCUUUGGAGAGACAUGGAGAACAGGGACACUCUUGUGGGGAAGGAGCCAAGUGACCGGAGCCUGUCCAGAGGCCUACAGGACCUCCUGACCUGCGCGAUCUGCAAGGACUACUUCAGGGAUCCUGUCACAGAGGAUUCUGGGAACACCUUCUGGCGGAGCUGCUUCCCUCCACAGCAGCAGACUUCCCACCUCCACACCAAUUGGAAGAUUCAGAGCAUGGUACAGGUGGCCCAGAAGCUGAAGCUGUGCCUUGAGCAAUCCCAGGCCUUCCAGAAGGGCUGGUGCCCAGAGCAUCAGGAGCCCCUGAGCUUUUUCUGUCGAGAAGAUCAUGAGAAAAUCUGCUUUGUGUGCAGAUACUCCAAGCUUCACCAGGGCCAUACCCUGAUCCAGCUGCAAGGGCUGGACCCCAAACAAGAGGCAGGGGCCCUGGACAGGGAGUGA